UGAACUGAUGCGAGUCAGUGUCGUCCAGUGCACGUCCGAAGUUUCGACCUCGCGUGGACCAGGCCAGGACAAAGUCGCACCGUUCUCGAUAUGUCCGACGAGACUGACAGUGAAGAUAGCGAUGCAGAGGGUGGUCUGGGCAACGUGAACAAGAUGAUAAUGCGGCCACCUGGUCACAGCGGGAAAGCAAAGAAAGGACACAUCUGUUUUGACGCCUCCUUCGAGACAGGCAACCUGGGUAGGGUGGACCUUAUCUCGGAGUUCGAAUACGAUCUGUUCAUCCGGCCGGACACCUGCAACCCACGUCUUCGUCUAUGGUUCAAUUUCACGGUGGACAAUGUGAAGGCCGAGCAACGUGUCGUAUUCAACAUCGUCAACAUAUCGAGAAGUGCUAAUCUGUUUCGAAGUGGGAUGACGCCGUUGGUCAAGAGCAGCAGCAAACCUAAGUGGCAAAGGAUUCCAAGGGACCAAGUGUUCUAUUACAAGUCUAUUCAGCACCAAAAUCACUACGUCCUCAGCUUCGCCUUCUCCUUCGACCGCGAGGAGGACGUGUACCAGUUUGCUCUAUCGUAUCCAUACUCGUACAGCCGAUACCUGGCACACCUGGACAACCUCUGCACCAGACUAAUGUACACGAAGAGAGAGACUCUAGCCACGUCUAUUCAAAAGAGGAAAAUCGAACUGAUCACGAUAAGCUCGAACCUGGACGAUACUCGAGAGCGUUCCAGAAGAGUCGUAGUCGUUCUCGCCAGAAUCCAUCCGGGAGAAUCACCGUCUUCCUUUGUUUGCCAAGGUCUAAUGGACUUUCUGGUUAGUUCCCAUCCCAUUGCUCAAGUCCUCAGAAACUACGUCGUCUUCAAAGUGGUACCGAUGCUGAAUCCCGACGGCGUAUUUCUCGGUAAUUAUAGAUCCACGGCGCUAGGCGCUGAUCUAAACCGUUCCUGGAACAAAAUCUCUGACUGGAUUCAUCCUGCUCUAGUGGCGAUCAAACCGAUACUGAAGAACCUCGAUAGGAGUACUCGUACUCCUUUGGACUGCGUAUUGGACCUACAUGCUCAUACAAACGCCACCGGGAUCUUCGUUUAUGGGAACACGUAUGACGAUGUGUACAGGUACGAGAGGCAUAUCGUUCUGCCAAAGUUGUUGGCGCAACACGCCGAAGGUUAUGAAAUGGGACAUACGAUGUACAAUCAGGAUCCGCACAAGGCUGGGACCGCCCGUCGUUAUCUGUGCUCCAUUCUGAAAGAACACGUGAAUUGUUACAGCAUCGAGGUAUCGAUGUACGGGUACAAUAGAAAAGCGACGACCGGAAUAUUCCCCUACACCGAAGAAGGAUAUUACAGAGUAGGCCGCAGUCUAGCUCGAGUUUUCUUAGAAUACUACAAACUAAUGGGCAUCAUCCCUGCUGGUCUUCCCGAUCAACCUUCCACCAAACGAACGCGUCAAUCUCGGCCAAGGUAUCGGGUUCUUAGAGAACCGAGAGCGAAAACGUCCAGAACUCCGGCUCCUAUACAUCUCGCCAGCAUUCACGAGUAAUUCUACUACUCUGUUGUUGCGAAUCAGUGUCAAGUUUAUCGGUAUCAAAUAACUAAAGGUUAUUCGCGUUCUAAAGUAACUUAAAUGAAAGCUGAGUCGGAUGCAGCUCGGUAGUAAGGUCACAAUGGCUAAUUUUCGAUUAUUCGAUCGCGAUAAAUUGUCGGAAUAAACGAUAUCGAAACACGUUUGAAUGCCGUCGCUGAUCGACAGGUAUUUCCAAGAGGAGACAGAGAUACCCGCGAGCGGUGGUUGUCGAUCGAUGAGCGGCACGCGGAUGAGCCAGCUUGGGACCGGAAGUGGAA